AUGCCAUCCUAUGAGGAAGUCUACGGCAUAGUCCCAAGCACAUCCACAUCCACCUCCGCGUCAAACCUCAGCAAUCCCGUUCAACCACCCAGCUCGUCUCACCACCUUCCUCCAGCCGCCCUAGACUUCGCCGCCAAAGUAUUUGACGUUGCCCGCGCCGGCAGAACGCCAGUCCUACAACAGUACCUCACCGCGGGCAUCCCGCUCAACCUCACAAAUUCCGCCGGCGACACUCUGCUCAUGCUAGCAUCGUACCACGGGCACAUUGAGACCGCACAGAUGCUCGUUGACGCCGGCGCAGACGUCAAUGUGUUGAAUGCGAGGGGUCAGAGCCCGAUUGCAGGGGCCGUGUUCAAGGGGUGGGAUGAGGUGGUCAGGGUAUUGUAUAGGGCUGGGGCAGAUGUAAGGGCCGGGACACCGACGGCGGUGGAUUGUGCGAGCAUGUUCAAGAGAGGGAAUGCGCUGAAGUUGUUUGGGGUUGAACAGGGGGAGGGGAGGGAUGUAGAUGUUGGGAGGCAGUGA